GCCGACAAAAUUGCAGGACUUUCUACCACUGAUAUGCUUUUGGUAGGUAGUUAGCUUAUUUCUUUUGUUGUUUAUAUUUUUACUUCGAUAACACGAUAAGACAGGCAGCGCUCGGAAGCACCGUGCGGCAGAGCCGCGCGGUACCGAGAAUGGCUUGGCGGCCACUAGCCGAGUCACGGAGAGCCGAAUCCACAUCCAUCCAUAUUCUGGGCAAGCUCGCGAAGAGGCGGAAACCGGCGGAAACGAGCGGAGAUGAGCCACAUCCUAGUGAAAUGGCUGACAGAAGAAAAGUGGGACGUGUACCCGAUAACACGCCUGCUGGACCAGAAAGUAGCUGCAAGUAUCGCCAGAAAGCCGGCGUCCGUUUGUGGCUAUACAGGAAAGGCCUUCGAUGUGCAGUGGGACCCGUCCGAGGAACCAUCUCCAGCCUUCUUGGUUGCAGCAGGCGAUCAUAAGAAGAUGGAAAAGCUGCGUGCUGAACUAGCGCAACAUUCUUCGACGGGAGGACAACAGAGCGAGAGUGCAGCGUCAGCCACGAGCCAUGCCGAGCGGACCACUGACUGCUGCAAGCAUAAGGCAGAGGUCAAGCAGCUGCGGAAGAAUGUGAAGGAACUCGAAUCGGAACUGUGCGAGGCGGAGAAUAGAUGUGAUGCCGCAAAGAUGGUGAAGCGACUCGAGAAACUUAUAGACAAGCUACAAGGACGCACGGAUGUGACACCAAAUGAAGAGGACAUUGGGAAUGGAGUUCUCGUGAACAAGGCCGUGCUGGACCGACUUAAGAACAGUUUUGGCUGCAAUCCCUGCAGGUUUGCACGCAAUCUUGCAAGUAUGCUGUUUACAACAGAGGAACUACGUGGCCACUCACUGUACGGGUCAGCACCCAACAUUAAGAAGGGAUCUGCAGCGAAGCCAGGACUUGACAGGAAGCGCCUGGAUGCAAUCCUUGAUUACGCAUCAAGCAAGUUUGGGGUGCCUGUUGGCCCGCUGAAGAAGAGUCUUGCUUCCAUGAUGCUAGAACUGAAGGAUGACUGA